AUGUAUCCAUAUCUAUGUCCAAUUUUGGCUUCGUCUUUGUGGUCUGGUACUACCUCCGUCUACAUCUUGGUGCGUACGUCCAACCACUACAGCCCUCUCUUUAGUUUAUUAAUACUUGGCUGUCAAAGCUUGUACAUAACUCCAUUCCUUCUCAAUAUUACAUACAUUGCAAUUUGGACGGUUCCUGUGAAGCGGGACAAGCGAUAUUUGGCAGCUGCUCUCGUUGGGCUGUUUGACAUUACUCGUCAGUUCCAGCUUUCUCCGCUCUCCCGCAUUCCGUUCUACAAGACGGUCUCAUUAUCUUCUCCAUCGAACCCCUCACACAAGCUGGGAGUGCUCAGAGCGUGUAGCAUCUGCCAGAAGACUCGUUUGGCUCGUUUCAGAUCCCUUCCUCGUUCGUGUGGACAAGCCAAUUUGGGUAGAUUUGGCUGGUAUCGCCUUGUCAAAGCGCUACAGACAGACAAGCUAUUCCGGAACAAAAGCUAA